GAGCCGGCAGCCCCGGUACCGGCAGGGGGGGGCAGCAGCGGCAGCAGCAGCGGCACCGUGGCCGUGUCCCCGCCCGCUGACGCAGCAGCCGCCCGGUUACCGCGGCGACGCGCGGGGCCUGGCGGGGCCGGGACGCGCUGAUGGCGGCGGCGGCGGCAGGGCCUGAGGGGCCCCCGCUGCCCGGCCCGCCCGGGGGCCGCCCGCGGCCCGUGUGCUCGCGGCCCUAUUUCCUCGUGCUGAUGGUGUUCGCCCACCUCUACGUGCUCAACGUGCUGGGGCUGCUGCUCUUCGUGCACCUCAGCGCCGGGGAUAACGGGGGCUCGCCCGCAGCCCCCCUCAGCGCGCCCGUGCCGCCCCCACCGCCGCCCGCCCGCGCCCUGCCGCGUCUGGAGGGCAUCAAGGUCGGCCACACGCAGCGAGUGGAGCUGGUUCCCGGUAGGGCCCACGCCGUGCGCACCCUCAGCCUCAAGCCGCUGCUCUUCGAAAUUCCUGACUUCCUGACAGAGGAGGAAUGCAAGCUCAUCAUCCAUCUGGCACAGCUGAAGGGGCUGCAGAAGAGCCAGAUCCUACCAACGGAUGACUAUGAAGAAGCCAUGGAAAUGAUAGAGAUCAGCCAGAUGGACAUUUUCAAUCUCCUUGACCACAAUCAGGACGGACAGCUGCAGCUCAAAGAGGUGUUGACCCACACCCGCCUGGGGAACGGCAGGUGGAUGACUCCCGAAAACAUCCGAGAGAUGUACACUGCAGUCAAGGCCGAUCCUGAUGGGAACGGCGUGCUGAGCCUGGAGGAGUUCAAGCAGCUGAAUAUCCGCGAUUUCCACAAGUACAUGGGAAGCCAGAAAGUGAAGACGAGUGACUCAGUGCGCAACAGCCAGCACACCUGGCUGUACCAGGGCGAGGGGGCGCACCAGGUCAUGAGAUCCAUACGGCAAAGGGUAAUGCGCCUCACUCGCUUGCCCCCCGAGAUCGUGGAGCACAGCGAGCCCCUGCAGGUUGUGCGGUACGACCAGGGAGGCCACUACCAUGCCCACAUGGACAGCGGCCCCGUCUUCCCCGAGACUGCCUGCAGUCACACCAAGCUGGUCGCCAAUGAAAGCGCUCCCUUCGAGACCUCGUGCCGGUACGUGACGGUGCUGUUCUACCUGAACAAUGUGACGGGGGGAGGAGAAACUGUCUUUCCUAUAGCUGACAACAGGACGUACGAAGAGAUGUCUUUGAUCCAGAACGACGUUGACCUGCGAGAUACUCGGAAGAACUGUGACAAGGGCAAUUUGCGAGUGAAACCUCAGCAAGGCACUGCUGUCUUCUGGUACAACUACCUGUCAGAUGGAGAAGGCUGGGUGGGAGAGCUGGACGACUUCGCCCUGCAUGGGGGCUGCCUGGUCACACAGGGCACCAAGUGGAUCGCCAACAACUGGAUCAACGUUGACCCCAACCGCAGGCGGCAGCAGCGGUUCCAGCAGGAGAUGGAGCGCUACGGGGGGACGGAGGCCGGGGCCGGGAGCCCGGGCGAGUGGACUGUGGACAAAGCCUACGGGGGGGCGCACGUGGAGCUGUAGGCGCGGGGCAGGCGGGCUCCGAGCACGUGGCGUUUUCCCGCGCUGUGCUGGGGGCGGGCACCGAGCACGUGGCGUUUUCCCGCGCCGGCCGGGGGCGGGGCCUCGCGGCGCGCCAAUAAAGCGUGCAGGGGAGGGCGGCGCCUCCCGGCCAUGGA